AUGGCACUGAAACGCGGCGUUGUACUGAAUAACCAUAAUUGUUGUGCAUCAAUAGUAGUCAACCAAACGACAUCAGCAGUUUUAGUGGAACGUGGGAACCAUUCACAUGAAGAAGUCAAGGUUGAGCAUCCACUAGUACGGGAUUUAAAGCGAAAAGUUGGAGAUGAUAUUUCACCAAUACCGCAUCAGUACGAAGGUGCCAUUCACGAGAUGGUGAGUCAAACGACAAAAACUACAGCAGAUUGUGCAUUAGUGCCAAAAUAUGAAUCAGUUCGGUCAAGUCUCUAUCGAGCGCGCUGGAGACAGUUACAAACAUACCGACCCACUAAAGAAGAUUUUAUGAUUCCUGAUAAUCUUCAGAAAACACUUGAUGGUCAACGUUUUCGUGCAUUCGAUGUUGAUAUUGGUUCAGGAAUGCUUGGUUUUUGUUCUCACGAAGGUCUUUUUCGAUUGUCCAUAAGGUUGGUGGAUUCAAGAGCUAACUAAUACACAACUUUCUACUUGUUGCGCGUUUUUUUUAUUGAAGUCCACAUUGGGGAGCAGAUGGAACAUUUCGGACAGUUCCGAAGCAAUUCGAGCAAGCAUACACAAUUCACGGUUAUGAUUCUAUUUCUACACAAUCAGUUUUUUUGCAACACUGAAAAAUAAAGAAAAGAUAACCUAUUUUUCAAUGUUAACGAAUCUUCGGCAUUAUGCGUCUACUUAUGGUGUACAGUUAUCGCCUGCUACAAUAAUGACUGAUUUUGAAUCCAUCAUUAAUCCAUGCUAAGUACCAAUAUUUGCGUGGAUGUAUAGAUUUUCAAGAGUAUUUUAUUGUUGCUAGAAAACCAUGUUAUAGAAUCUUGUACAGUUUGUCAGAUGGUUUUUUAAACAACGAAGUUUCGGAUACGGAAGCUUGAAUAUGUCUUUUUUUAAAUUCUUUAUAAUAACAAAAUCACUACGCGUUAGCAUCUAUGGCAGUGGCUAUUUGUUCUCCUUCGAGAGUUUACUGUUUGAAAAUGUUCUCCUUUAAGAAUAAGUUUAUAAACUGUUCUCAUUCGAGAGUGCAAACUGCAUAGUUAAUUAAUUUAAACGAACUUUAUACAUCUGUGAAUUAUUGAAAACAGUGGUUUCGGUUCUUUCUUGAAUAAUAUAGAUAGUGCCGUUGAAAAUUCGGACACAUUUGCGAUUUUGAAAUUUUGAAAUUUUUUGCAUGAGAUGUAUCAACUAUUGUUGGUGCGAUUAAUUCGGCUAGGCAUUUGUAUUUAGGUAAAAUAUGAUAAUCGUUGUCCUGAUGAUUGUGAGCGAAAUUGACAAAAUAUUUUUUAGACUGAGUUAAAAUAGAAAUGAAAGAACAGAAAAACGUCAGACGAUUCAGCAGGUUGAAAAGUUCAGCUUUUUGAGAGCCCAUAAGUAGGUUCAAAAUACAAAAUACAAAAGUGAACCGGACACAAUAUCAACAACAGGUGGGACCAGUCAUUAAAAAAAUGGAAAAGAAGAGUUGGGUGUUAUCAGUGCAGUACAGUGUGUAAUAAUCAUUCGAACUCUUUUGUUUUUGAUUUUUUAGUAGAAGCUGGAACGAAUCUGAAUAUUGUAUUAGCCCGAAGAUCUUUCUGUCAGAUGAGGUGCAUACCGCCGUUUUAUGAGAAAAGUUGAUAAUAGGAUUUCUGCAAAAACCUAACCGCUAGAAAACCAAGUCCUUGGUUUUUAGUCAGAAAACGUUGCAAGCGAUAUAGCCUGAUA